UAGUUUUUGAAAUUUUAAAGUCUGCUUUAUAGAAUAGAACUGUGCUAAUUUUUUAUUUUAUGACCAUUUUUACUCAAAAGAUUUUUCAAAUCUGCAACCGUUGUAUUAUUUUUUGUUUAGAAAUCCUAGAAUUGAAGUGCAAAGCCUCAUUUGCCAAAUUUCCUGAGCUUCGCAGUUUUUCUUUGGCAAAUGUAUCUAGUGUCGACACAAGAAGCUCUCUCUUGAAACACUUUGGACCACUCUCUCAAGAAAAGUUGCGCGCCAUUGCAGUUUAUUUAAAUCUAGUCCCGUCUCCAGAAAUUGAAAAGGACUACAGCUGGUGUAGAUGUGAUGAAGAAUUUUUACGUGAACUUUUGGUCUCUCGCCAUGAAAAGCGUUCAUCUCAGUUAGAAGCAUUAAAUGAAAUGCCCCUAUAUCCGACUGAAGAGGUUAUUUGGGACGAAAAUAUCGUACCAACUGCAUAUUUUUCUGGAGAAGGUUGCUUAGCGUUACCAAAAUUAAAUUUACAAUUUUUAACGCUUCACGAUUAUUUGUUAAGAAACUUUAAUUUAUUCAGGCUGGAAUCAACUUAUGAAAUUAGACAAGAUAUUGAAGAUGCUGUCAGUCGUAUGUGUCCAUGGAGAUCCGAAGAUGGUAGUGUUUGUUGGGGAGGUUGGGCAAGAAUGGGACAACCGAUCAUUAACUUUGCGGUUGUUGAAGUUUCUAAACCAAAUAUUGGCGAGAAAAGGCCCAGUCGAGUCAGGGCUGAUAUCACUGUAAAUUUAUCAGUGAGACCAGAAAUUAAAUCUGAAUGGGAGAACUUACGCAAACAUGACGUUUGUUUUCUGAUCACAGUUAAACCAAGCAACACCAUCGGAACAAAAUUCGAUUACAAACAGCCAUUUUUACCCCAAGUCGGUUUACAUUGUGUGCGAGGAUGUGAAAUUGAAGGAAUGUUAGACAAUAAUGGACGGGUUAUUGAAGACGGGCCCGAAGCAAAACCGCUAUUACCUGGGGACAAUAGAACCUUUCGGGUUUGGUUGGACUGCAAUCAAUACAGGGAUGAUAUGAACAACGUUAACGAAGGCAGUGAAGAUAUUUAUGAGGGUUUUAAUAUCCUGAUGAGGAGAAAGCCAAAGGAAAACAAUUUCAAAGCAGUACUGGAAACGAUUCGUGAACUUAUGAAUACUGAGUGUGUGGUACCUGAUUGGCUACAUGAUAUCAUUUUGGGAUAUGGUGAUCCAAGCGCUGCGCAUUACAGCAAACUUCCCAAACCUAUACAGACAUUAGAUUUUAAUGACACAUUCAUUAAUAUGGACCACCUCCGUUCGUGUUUCCCAGAUUAUCAGAUUAAAGUGAAAAAUGACGAUCCUGCGAAAUUGGUUAAGCCAUUCAAGUUAACUUUUGAGGAUCUGGGAACGGACGAUGAAGCAGAAAAAAACAAGGUUAUUGUGGUCGAGCCACAUGUAAUUCCGAGCCGCGGUCCUUAUUCAUUUAACCAACCAAAAAAAAACAUUAUACCUUUCACUCCAACACAAGUGGAAGCAAUCAAAUCGGGCAUGGAACCUGGUUUGACCUUAGUUGUGGGUCCUCCAGGAACAGGCAAAACCGAUGUUGCCGUACAGAUUAUUUCGAAUUUAUACCACAACUUCCCUAAUCAACGAACGCUAAUAGUUACUCAUUCAAAUCAAGCGCUAAAUCAACUGUUUGAAAAAAUAGCAGUUUUGGAUAUUGACGAGCGUCAUUUACUUCGUCUCGGUCACGGCGAGGAAGCAUUGGAAACCGAGAAGGAUUUUAGCAGAUACGGAAGAGUAAAUUAUGUUUUAGCGAAGCGAUUGGAUUUGUUGAUGGAAGUCCAAAGGCUGCAAGAGUCACUGGAAGUAAAAGGAGAUGUCGCUUACACUUGUGAAACUGCUGGUUAUUUCUAUUUAUACCAAGUGUUGUCACGUUGGGAGAACUAUUUAAGUGUUGUGAAACCUAAAGGUGGGCAGACAGUUGCUGUGGAAGCUAUUGCGCAAGAAUUUCCAUUCACAAGAUUCUUUGAAAACAUAGAUAACCUUUUUAAAGGCCACUCUUACGAGGAAGAUUUGGAGAUAGCUCAAAGCUGUUUUAGAUACAUUCAACACAUGUUCAAUGAAUUAGAGGAGUUUAGAGCAUUUGAACUGUUGCGAUCCGGUUUAGACCGUUCCAAGUACUUGUUAGUGAAGGAAGCGAAAAUAAUCGCAAUGACGUGUACUCAUGCCGCCUUAAAACGCAAAGAAUUAGUAGAAAUGGGAUUUAAGUAUGACAACAUACUAAUGGAGGAAGCUGCACAAAUUUUAGAAAUCGAAACCUUCAUCCCAUUGCUACUUCAAAAUCCUCAGGACGGAUAUAAUAGGUUGAAACGGUGGAUUAUGAUUGGGGAUCAUCAUCAGUUACCUCCAGUUAUUAAAAACAUGGCGUUUCAAAAAUAUUCCAACAUGGAGCAGAGUCUUUUCACACGAUUAGUGCGACUGGGAGUGCCAACCAUUGAUCUCGAUGGCCAGGGGAGAUCGCGUCCAAGUAUAUGCAACUUAUACAAAUGGAGGUAUCGCAAUUUAGGCAAUUUGAAACAUGUGGAACAAUGGAAGGAGUACCUACAUGCGAAUCCAGGUUUCGCAUUUGACUUUCAGCUGAUUAACGUGGAGGAUUUCAAUGGAAUCGGAGAGUCGGAACCCAAUCCCUACUUCUACCAGAAUCUUGCAGAAGCUGAAUAUUGCGUUGCCGUUUUCAUGUAUAUGAGACUCAUUGGUUAUCCUGCUCAUAAAAUAUCAAUACUGACAACUUACAAUGGACAAAAGCAUUUAAUCAGAGAUGUGAUUAAUAGUCGGUGUGCUAACAAUCCCCUUAUCGGAAGGCCCCAUAAGGUUACAACUGUAGAUAAAUAUCAAGGGCAACAGAAUGAUUAUAUUCUUCUGUCACUGGUACGAACCAAAGCUGUGGGUCACCUGAGAGAUGUUCGCCGUUUAGUAGUAGCUAUGUCGAGAGCAAGGCUGGGGUUGUAUGUAUUCGCGCGUGUGUCACUAUUCCAAAAUUGUUUUGAACUUACGCCUGCGUUUCAACAAUUUACAGCUCGUCCUUUGAAACUACACUUGGUAUUAAAUGAAGGUUAUCCUACCACUAGAUAUGUUAAGCAAUCCGUUAAGAAUUUCAUUGUGGAGGAUAUGUCUCAAAUGGCCAAUUUUGUUUAUAAUUAUUAUAUGGAACGUGUUAAAGCCUUAAAGGAAUAUUAUCAAACGCAAGUGAAAUGGACUGAACCUGGAACAUGUGAAGUGAAGCAACAUGAGGGUUUCAUUUCCUCCCAUCCUGGAGAGGACAGAGAUACUGAUAGUGAAGAUGAGAAAGAAGAGGAAAAGGUGCAAAUGCCCAUUCCGAUUGAAGAUGAACCAAUUGAUGAUGCAGAAGUGGAGCAAAUGGAAGAGGAAGCUACACAAACGAUACAAAAUGACGAUAAGUGCCAGUCUGAAGAUGUGGGAGAGAAAACACAUGAAAAUGAAAGUCAGGCAAAGGAAGACGGUGAAGAUCAGUAGGAUCCCGCCAUUUACAUUUGUAAAUUAAGCAUAAGUUUUGUAGUUCUUUGUAAUUUAUGCGUACUUAUAUUAUUUUUAAAUGCUACCAUCUAAGAACAAAUAUAUUUCGAAAUAAAAGAAAAAUAUCCAAGAGA